CUAGAUCUCGUUCAUAAUACUCUUCUGACAUAUCCCACUCAUCAUAAAUCGACAGAUAUAUACAAAAAAAAAAAAAAAGGAAGUAGUCCUCUUUUUAUUUUUUAUUUUUUAUUUUAUCUGUUGAUUAGGGCGGAGGAAAGUAUUGUUGGGUUGGUUACCUACCUACGUUUUCCCUCCCACCCACCCCUUGCAUGCAUCCCGGUUCGGUACAGUGCCACGUCAGCAGCGCCACGUCACAGUGCCAGAUCAGCAGUGCCACGUCAGCAGUGCCGCGUCACAGUGCCACGUCACAGUGCCAGAUCAGCAGUGCCAGGUCACAGUGCCACGUCAGCAGUGAUGUCAGACAGUGCCACGUAAGCAGUGCCACAUCAGCAGUGCCACGUCAGACACAGUGCCACGUAAGCAGUGCCACAUCAGCAGUGCCACGUCAGACAGUGCCACGUCAGACAGUGCCACGUAAGCAGUGCCACAUCAGCAGUGCCACGUCAGACACAGUGCCACGUCAGCAGUGCCAUGUCAGCAACAUGACGGGCCUGCCAGGCCAACUGGCCAAUGAGCCCAUUGCCGAUUACAAAAAGCGCGUCCAUGCUCAGCUCGCUGCAAUCGAGGCUGAGGAACAACGCCAGCUGGCAGUCAAGGCUGCCCAGCUACAGGCUGAUGAAGUGGCAACAGCAGAGAAGCUGCGGCUACAGGCCGAAGCCGACGCAGAUGCCCAGGCUCUGCUGCAGCGGCAUGAAGCCAACAGCAUCGAGAAACUCAAGUUGGUUUACACAUGUAACCACCUACAGUCCGAGCUGGCAAACCUUCAGCGGGCCGUGCGGAAUCAGAAGACUCAGCACGAGGAUGCCACACGGGCGCUGGACGCCCGUGUACUGGACCUGGAACAGACUGUACCAGGACCAGCUGCUGGGGCUUCCAGCAGUGCAUCCUCUAGCCGCCAACUGGAGGAACGCGUUGACCACGUAGUGGCAAUGCUAGGAGACGUAAGUGUCUUCACAGAGCCGGCCACCAUCAGCCAGAGGUUCGAGUUGUUGGACUCCAAGAUCAGUCAGCAACAGCAGACCGACCACAACCACAACAUCAGCUCGGCAAGGCCAUACAAGAUGCCGACGUUCCGGAUCGAGAAAUUUGAUGACUACACACAUCAAAUCCCGGUCGUCUGGUGGCAAGGAUUUACAACGGAGUUGGGGAUUCACGAAGUCCCUGACCAUCUGUUCAUCAGUGCUCUGUUCAUCAACACCAAGGGAGGAUGUCAUAUCUGGCUCAGCCACAUGGCAACCAUCCACGGCGUCCAGGUUUCAGACUUGUACAAGAAGGUCAUCGUCGACGACGCCCCGGCACUCGCCGUCAACCGCAUCUUCACGAUGGCUCAAGGGAGCACACCAACACAUGACUGGCUCACGAAUUGGCAGAAAAUCGUGGCAACGCCCAAUUCGGACUUGUCAUUUCCGCAUCUGUGGCGUGAGUUCUACAACAGGUCAUGCGCCACUCUCAGCCUCGCACUGGGUGAUCGCGAGCAGUACAACACUUUCGCAGAGAUCAUCAACAAGGCGAGAGAGCUCAUCAAGACUAACAGGCCGGCUGCACACGAGAAGUCCACGUGGCAGCCAACCUAUGUGGCGAAGGUACGAACUGGUCCGCGACAGCAGCAGUUCGCUGCAGUCCAGUCGGACAGUGGAGGUAACCCAGCAGCCACUCCAGCAUCAAGUGACAGAGAUCAGGUGGCUGCUGUCCAGCCGCGAAGCAACAACAAGUCCAGCAACAAUGGGAAGGCGAAAUCAGCAUCGCAGGCCGGAAAUGGACAGCCAGUACAAGUUCCAUGGGUCAAGUUUGGCUUGACAGAGGCGGAGUACAAGGUCCGCGGCCGCUACGGCAGCUGCUAUUGGUGCAACAACACCAAGCACAAGACCUCCCUACUUGAAGAGCUCGACCCGUUGACGUUCACGGACUUCCAGUGGAUGCCCGUUCCCUCAACCGGACGAUUGCCGAAACCGCAUUGCAAUGUGCUCAUGGCACAACUGCGGGACUACUUGCACACUGCAGUACCAGCUCCGUUGAUGGACGCCGGAGCAGAGGUUGUUGACCUUCACGCUUACAUCGCGAAGAUCGACCGUGAGUUCAAGACGCAACGGUACGACGACAUCGACGCACCAUUGCUAUACAUACGCAUUCAGAUCGGAGAGGCGACCUGCAGUGCCUUGAUCGAUUGCGGAGCAUCUCGCAACUACAUGAGCCAGAACUUCAUGGUACGCGCCUUGGCCCACGUGUCCGGAGGAAGUCCCAGCCUACGCAAGUCACUCUGGCAGACGGUCAUACGCACAAGUCAAUCGGCCGUCUUGGAACAGCACGACGGCGACGACUGGCACCCUGUGGAGUAUUUCAGCCACAAAGUGCCUCCGAUCAACUCGCUUGAUGAUGCAAGGAAGAAGGAGCUGCUCGCAUUCGUGAAGGCUCUCAAGCGCUGGCGGCACUUCCUCCUUGGGCGUCGUAGGUUCACAUGGGUCACAGACAACAAUCCAUUGACCUACUACAAGACGCAGGACACGGUGAGCAGCACGAUCGGACGAUGGAUGUACUUCAUCGACCAAUUUGACUUCACACCGAAACAUGUCCCCGACCUCUCCAAUCGCGCAGCAGAUGCACUCUCGCGAAGACCUGAUCUUUGCGCUAUGUCACAUCAUGCCUUCGCAUUGGACGAGGAGCUUCAGCGACACUUCAUCCGGGCAUAUCAGUCUGGUCCAGACUUCGGCACGCUCUAUGCACAGCUAUCUUCGGAUCACCCGCCGAUCAGCCAUUACCGCAUUGCCGACGGGUACUUGCUCCUCCACUCGAGAGGCAAGGACUUACUAUGUGUCCCACUCGACCGUCGUCUUCGGACUCGCCUCCUCGGCGAGUACCAUGAUUCACGACUCGCUGGUCAUUUUGGAGUCAACCGCACUAUUGCACGGCUUCGACAGCGAUUCCGAUGGCCCGACCUCAUUACCGAUGUCACUCAGUAUUGCGACUCUUGCGAAGUUUGCCGACGCAGCAAGCCCCGCAACCGCAAUCCCUACGGCGAGUUACACCCGAUGCCUAUCCCACGGGAACCCGGUCUCUCCAUUGCCAUGGACGUCACCGAUCCGUUUCCUCGCGACCGGCUCGGGCACGACGGGAUCCUCACGGUUGUGGACCGAUUGAGUAAGUACGCGCRUUUUCUCCCUUGCAAGUACUACUCCACGGCUCCCGAGCUGGCACGCCUCCUGCACACUGGUUGGAUUUGUGGCCACGGUGUACCAGAAGACAUUGUCAGCGACCGCGGAUCACCGGCGCGGAUGGGACAUGGUACGCGACGCCUUCCAAAACGCCGACAUGAAACGAGUUUUUGGGUCUCCGCGAAAGAGUUUGCACUGGAACAGGAUGUUUCACGCAAACUACUUCCCAAGUGGUUUGGACCUUGGUUUGUGACAGCAGCCGCGGGCGAUGAGCCCGAUGGCCCUUCAUUUGUGAUCAACAUUCCAGAGCAUCUGACGGUCCAUAAGGUCUUCCACGCCUCGAAGCUGGCAACAUACACCCCAGCCAAGAGCGACGACUUUCCGGACCGACGAUCGCAUGACCCUCCUUCUAUGGAUGGCCAUCAGGAAGUUGAUCGCGUCAUCUCYGAUCGCAAGUACGGCAGCAAGCCGCGACAGUACAAAGUCACAUUCAAAGCAUGCGAUCGCGGCGACACUCGGUGGAUUUCAGGCGCAGAUUUGAAAGCAUCCGCACCGCUGAUCUACGCGCAUUAUGAAAAGCGGAGGUUAGCUCACGAAGCUUCACGACCAGCCCCUCCCAUCCGGACUGUGGUCCCUCCCUCAGACAGACAGGUUCGCCCUCGCAGGUAAGCUCGGUUCUUCAAGGAGGGGGGGGUGUGGCAUACUGCGUAGCCACACGGGCCCUGCAGGGCCCGUCCCGGACAUUCAGCCUAAAAGCCUAAAACUUAG